GCAGCGAGAGGCAAGAGCAGUCGUCGGGGCGCUUUCGCACCGCCAGCAUCGCGUGUGUGUCUUCUCUUUGCAGUUUUCUCGUUUGUGAACCGUCUCGCGAUCGCUCAUAAACGAUUUCUCGCGAUUAACCCCGAGUAUGAAGUCGUCGGUAAUCGAUUUCGAACUGUGAACAAAACUGUGCUCGUUUGGACCCAUCCGCAAGGACCCACAGAGCUCACCUUCGCCAAUGGUGCCGGCAACACGUCGGCAACCCCUGAUCCUGACCCAGGACGAUUUUAACAAAGGGGGAGGAUGCAACAGCAACAGCAACAGCAACAGCAGGACCAAGAGCAGGAGCAGGAGCAGGAGCAGGAGCGGGGAAUCGUAAUGGUCCCGUCUUCUUCGGCAUCUACCAGUACAGAGGUCAGGGAUGUCGCCAGUGUCACAGAGGCGGGUCUGCCGAAUUUUACCCUGCAGAGUGUGGCCCUAGGACUACAGGGAGCUCUCUUGGCAGCUCUUCAGAGAGCAGCCCUGCUACCUCCCGGACACGCCGCAGCUGCAGCUUUGAAUCUUCAGGCCUUAGAGACUUAUCUGACCCUUCAUCGCCUUCAUGCCAGCAGUGCAGCACCCGGUGUCAACCAAUCGGGCUCUUCAGGGCUGACUGUUACCAGUAAUCAGAGGUGCUCUCCCAUAAAUACUGGACUCGAAAACACCCUGACAUCGACGGCACAGUCGAAAAAUGAUCAGUUAGUCGCCGAGAGGUUGUUGCAUUCCGCCGAGGACGAAGAGGAAGCGCGGUUGGAUUUUAUCGGAGACACUGAGGAGGAUUUGGCUCUUCUCGAGGAACAGGAAGUACUGUUGCGAGACACUUCUGUAGCGACUUCCUCCGCGAAUCAUGAGGUGUUGUUGCGACGGAUAUCCGAUGGUAAUCGAGUCAAUUCCAGCUCUACGACGGUGCAACAAUCGAAUCUGUCUCAAAUCGUUGCUUCUUCGUUUACAUCUCCGGCUUCGUCGUCGGUUUGCUCUUCCUCCUCUUCGUCCUCGUUGUCCUCCUCGUCGCCGCUCCAGGCCACGUCCACCUCCGCUGAAUCCAGUAUACCGCGGACGUGCAGGGCAUCAAGGCCGAAAAAACAGUUCAUCUGCAAGUUCUGCAGCAGACAGUUCACCAAGAGCUAUAAUCUACUGAUACACGAGAGAACGCAUACCGAUGAGAGGCCCUACUCGUGCGACAUUUGCGGCAAAGCUUUCCGACGGCAGGAUCACCUGAGGGACCAUAGGUAUAUCCACAGCAAGGAAAAGCCGUUCAAAUGCGCGGAGUGCGGUAAAGGAUUCUGUCAGAGUAGGACUCUAGCCGUUCACAAGAUCCUGCACAUGGAAGAAUCGCCGCACAAAUGUCCUGUUUGCGCCAGGAGUUUCAAUCAGAGGAGCAAUCUGAAGACCCACCUUCUGACGCAUACGGACAUCAAGCCGUACCACUGUGCCUCCUGCGGCAAGGUCUUUCGCAGGAACUGCGACCUCAGGAGGCACUCGUUGACCCAUAAUUUGGGCGUAUCAACGUCGCCACCGCCUCCAGGGAUCCCUGUACCUGGCUCCAGUGCUGUUGUCCUCCAGGAGACGUCCUAGUGUUCCGUACAUUCGGACCCCUCACUCUCGGAAGUAGAACAAUUUUGUUUUGCACGAUCGAGUGUGCCAGAGGGACCUUGAAAAGACCAAUUUUGUUAUUUCACUGAAUUUGAAGAAGAUAAAUUUCUUCUUUUGUCGGUUUCACUUUGGUGCUGUUAACGAUUGUCAAAUAUUUUGCCGUUUACUUUUUUGAAUGAAUUAUAGAUACUUUGCUGAGACAUUCGGGACUCGUCUAAUCGUAAGAUGGGACAUUUUUCCUCCUUGAUUUUUUCAUGUGUAUUUACCUGCGUACGUAUUUGUAGUCGUUUAUGUUUAGAAAGUAAUUUUAAGAGCAUAUUUGGAUGAUGCUACUUACAGAUUUAUAUGCUCGUUACUUGUGUAAUUGUGUUAUGUAGCGAGAUAUUAUAUGUAUAGGUAUGUGGAGUUAGAGUAAGGAGG